GUCGAAAUUAAAAUAUUCAUUUUAUUUAGCUGUGUUUUUAAUAAACAUUAAAAUGAUCACAUCAUUACCGUUUGAUGGACCAUGUCGAUACGAUUGUUACGAUGAUGAGAAGCGAUGUGCUACACUAAGUGAUGGAUCAAAAACGGACUUUCCUAAGUGUUGGGUAGUUGAUGAAGCUUGCAGAUGGUUUAAAAAUAUUGUAUCUUAUACGGAAGGACCCUGUUAUCAAUUAUUCCGACCUCGACAAUGGGGUCAUCAAUUAUUCCGUCCUCGACCAUGGGGUAAUCCAUCAUUUCGUCCACGACCAUGGGGUCAUCCACCAUUUCGUCCUCGACCAUGGGGUCAUCAACCAUUUGGUCGCCAAUCAUUCCGUCAGCCACCAUACCGUCCUCAACCAUGGGGUCAUCAACCAUUUGGUCGCCAAUCAUUCCGUCAGUCACCAUUUGGUCACCAACCAAUUCGUCCUCAACCAUUUGGUCACCAAUCAUUCCAUCAUCCACCGUUUGGCCGCCAAUCAUUCCGUCAACCACCUUUUCCACCAAUGCCACCAUUUUUUUAAGUAUAUUAUAAUUUAAUAUAUCAAAAUUAAUUUCGUUUAGAUAAAUGGCAACAAAUUUAAUUGGUCUCAUAUUUGUAUAUUCUUAAUUGGAUGAAAAAUUAAAAAAAAAAUUAUAACCGAUUUAUGAUUAGA